AUGAAAAAAUAAGGUGAACUGAAGGGCAACUCUGGUAGUGAUGUUUUCUUUGUGUUAUUGUAGACAAAAGUCAAAAUAAAAUUGCGAACUUAACAAAAUAAUCGAAAAAUUGUUACAUUUAGCCUGCAGUGAAAAUUGCAAUUGGCGCAAAAGAGACUAGCGUGUUAAAAGUUUAAAAACUGUAAUUGACGCAAAUCUAAUGCGAGCUGUCGAUUGGCGUCGCUCCAAAUUGUCCAAAUUUAACGUUGAGCCACAGACAGGGUUGGCCAUUAUGGGCGACGAGGCAUGUGUGACCGUUGAGAAGGAGCUCGAUCGCGUCGUCAGCAAGCUGGAGCAGCUCCACGAGAUCGCCUCUGCCGAAAUCGGAGAUGUCGCAUCGCUAAUGUCGCAGCUGGUCAAUGUGCUGGAGAAUGCAGAGCAAAUGUUGGUCACCACUCUAAAUACUGGUACGCAAAUGAAUGCACCGGGUACACCUGGCAGCGUCGAUGAUCCCAUGGGCGAGACUGUGAACAUGCAGGUGGAGACAGAACCGUCAGCUCCACAACGUUUAACGGAAAGCCAAAUGGAGAUAAUCCGCGAUGCCAUCUCCAAAUGUAAUGUGCGCGUCCAGAAACUAUCGACGGAGCAUCGGGACUCACAUGGUGCCGUUUCAAAAAUUGGCAAGGCCAUCGAUCGGAAUUUCAACUCCGACUUCAGUUCGACGAUGCGUGUGGAUGCACUGCAGGAUGAGGACAACUUAAUGCUGCUCAAUAAGGCGAUUGCCAAGCAUUAUUGCCGCCAGGGCAUGGACGAGGUGGCUCGCACCCUGAUCAAGGAGUGCAAGAUGAGCGACAACGAUGCCCAGGAUGUGUUCGACUCGGAGCGUGAGUUUGCCGAAAUCUACAGCAUCUGGAUACAGAUACAGAAGCGCGAACUCACCGAAGCCCUCAAAUGGGCCAUCCGUCACUCCACUCAGCUCUUGGAGCGUCAUUCGCUCAUGGAGUUUCGGCUGCAUCGCAUGCGUUUCAUGCAGCUGGUCUCCAACGGUCUGGAGUCGCAGCACGAUGCAAUCGUGUAUGCCAGGACCAAUUUUCAGAAGUUUGCCAAACCGUAUGAGCACGAGAUUGCCAACUUGAUGGCCAGCUUUAUAUAUCUGCCGGGUGGCUUGGAGAAGACACCCUACAAGAUCUUCUUGGCCCAGGAGAUGUGGACGGAGCUAUCGUUCACGUUCCUCAACGAUGCUUGCCAACUGCUGGGCAUCAGUAAAAACUCUGCCCUAUCUGUGGUGGUCAAUGCCGGCUGCACCGCUCUGCCCGCCCUGCUCAACAUCAAGCAGGUGAUGCAAUCGCGCCAGGUGCUGGGCAUGUGGAAUGGAUGCGAUGAGCUGCCGAUUGAGAUUGAUUUGCAGCCAGAGUUUCGGUUUCAUUCGAUCUUCGCAUGUCCCAUUCUGCGGCAGCAGACAACGGAGGACAAUCCACCCAAGAAGCUGACAUGCGGUCAUGUCAUCUCCAAUGAUGCCUUGCACAAACUGAGCAAUGGGCACAUCCUCAAGUGUCCCUAUUGUCCUGUUGAGCAGAAUGCCGAGGAGGCCGUUCGUAUUUACUUUUAAUAUACACAUACACCUAACACUAACCAUGCAUAGCCCAUGAAAAAUUACAUCUUAAAAUCAUUAUACAAAUUAUAUUAUCAGAUUUAAUAAAAAUUGUGAGCCUGCCUCGAGGUUGAGCAGCAGUCAGCGGCUGAUAAUGUUGGUUUUUACUGUUUCCCACUGCGCCAGCUUCUUCCUUAAUUCAGUUGGUUCUUUAGAUAAAUUUGGCAAGAAUGAAACUAAAACGCAUCUAUAAACCCAUUAGCUCUUAAUAACAUACGUAUAUUUAAUAAAUAAAUAAACAUUCAUCUCAAAAGUG